GUUUACAUUGGAUUAAUCUAUAUAAUGCAUUGUGGUCCUAGAUUAUUCACUUGAAGCGGGCUAGGGUUUUGAAGAUUACAAGGGAGGUCUCUAGGGUUUGCUAAAGUAUGGAUCGGAUCAGCAAUCUUCCAGACGAGAUUAUUUGCCACAUCGGGUCCUUUCUCUCGGCGAAGGAGGCUGCGUUUACUACGGUUCUCUCUAAGCGUUGGCAUAAUCUGUUUACCAUCGUACCAGAUCUUCAUUUUGAUUGUUCGGUUAAGGAUGGAGAAAGUCUUACUGAUUUUGUGGACAGAGUAAUGACUCUUCCAGCAAGUUCUCCUGUAAACAAAUUCUCUCUGAAAUGGUGGUUUGAUGAAGAUACUGAGCCUGCUCAGUUUGAUCAAAUCAAUCGUUGUCUACGUGAUGUGCUCAAGCGUGGGGUCGUGGAUCUUUAUCUGUGGAUAAAUGGAAAACAAGGAUAUACACUGCCUUUCGAAGUUUUCACUUGCGAGACAAUUACUAAACUUUCACUAGGGUCUAGUUUUGCUAUUGACAUUCUCCCCGAGAAUGCUCUUCUUCCAGCGCUCAAGACUCUCCCUCUUUAUUACAUUCGGUUCUAUGAGUUUGGUCGUUGUGCGUUCAAAACGCUUCUUGAUGCGUCUCCUGUGCUCGAGGAACUAACCGUGUGUGGUGUAAACUGGGAACUUUGGAAAUGGUCCCGCACUGUGUCUCGUUCUAGCCUUAAGAGACUUACUAUAAUGCGUAAACAGUGGGAUGCUUUUGAUGAUUCUGAUUUUAAUAGCAUUAGUUUUGAUACUCCGAGUCUUGCCUACUUAUAUUACUCUGAUUAUGUUCCUAAAGAGUAUCUAAGUGUUAAUCUCGACUCCCUUGUUGAGACUAAGCUCUAUCUUUGUCCGGAAGAAAAUUAUAUGUGGGGUGAAGGAGAUGAAAAACGUUUCAAUCCAAUGAAUCUGCUUCAUGGGCUAAAAAAUGUCGAGACUCUUAACUUGUACACUAUCAUGACUGCAAAGAUGUUCUAUGUCUUCCGUGAAGCACUCCCAGUGUUUGAGAAGCUGUCUCAUUUAACUGUUAACCUCUCUAACUUCUGUUGGUCUUCUAUGCCAAUGCUGAUCAAGAAAGCUCCAAAUCUAAAGACUCUCAACAUCAACUUGCACUAUGAGAGUUACUAUCGUUGUGCAGGAGAUAUUGUUUGCGAGUGCGUGGCAGAGUAUUCUUUCCUAGUAUCAUGUCCUUUGGAAGUCCUAAAGAUAACCGAGUACUAUGGUUGCUUUAGAGAAUUGAUGCAAAUGAAACAUUUCUUGGAGAAAUUGUUAUGUCUUGAGCUCGUGGAAAUACAUUCUCAAGCAACUGGUGAAAGAAAGCUGAAACUCAUAGCAGAUCUUCAAAGGCUACCCAGAGCUUCGUCCAAGUGCAAAUUCGAGGUCGUUUCCUAGAUUGGCUUGAGUCUUUUUGUUCGUUAAUUCAGCAAAAUUAGGUAAAACUCUGUUUGGCAUAAGAAAGUUUGUGUUUUUAUUUUUCAAUCUUUUACGUACAAACUUUGAUACAAACAGCUUUGCACCUUCGUACCUCUAAGUGGCUGUUGUAUAAUUUAUUUUUUUCGUGAAACAGUCGAGUUUUUGUAAGCCCCCGAGCUAACUUCUGAACUCUGUUUACUUGUUUAGGGUGAGAGCUUCGUGUAGAUAACUAGUAUGAUAGGCUUUGGUGAUAAUUAACUGUCGUUUUAUAUAUAAUCAUAAAAACGGUUAUGAAUCGUGUGUUCAACAUUGCUAAAAUGAAAAGGAGUUAAGAAUUUUUGAUUUGGUUAAUACUUAAUUUAAACCUAAACUAAACCGGAAUUUGCGUUGGGAGU